AAGAUCAAGCAAAGGAGACUGAGAAAGGAUUGGCUGAUGAGGGAGGAGAAAAUUAGGGGGUGGGGGUGAGGCGAUUUGAAAAGGCUGGCGACACAGUUAUUCAAAGUGCAGGUAGUGAUCGACUGUGUCAGAUGCUGCUGGCAGGUCAAAUCACCAACCAUUGGAUUUGACAAGACCAGUUUUGCUGGAGUGAUUUGGAAGUAGUUGGUUUGGAAGCUUGACUGGCGAGGGGAGAAGGGAAGACAUAAGGACAUGAUGCUGCUAUGGCUGACCCACUAAGGGAUGUUUCCCACGUGGACGUUCCAGAGACCAGUGAUGAGGGAAAGAAGAAAUCCAAAUUUAAAGCCUUAAGGAGUUUUUUUGGCAAGAAGAAGAAAAAGGAGGCUAAAGAUGUCCAGGGAGGGAGCAUGUUGAAACCGAGUUUGUCCAGCAGCAAUACUAACGUCACUCCUCCGAAGCCACUUCCAGAAGUCCAACAGAUUAAGCCUCAGGUCAAGAGAACCCUGGGGAGCAAAGCUCUGUCCCACGACAGCAUCUUCAUGUUGGAGCCCAAGGUUGAAAAAUCAGCAAGUAAAUUACACUCCUCUCCAGUACCCCGCAGAGGCAGAUCUAUGCAGAGGAGAUAUAACCUUUCCAGAACUCUACCUAGAACUGGGCCUGGUGGUACGCGUGGACAUCUUUCUGGAGUUGUAUUUGGAGAUGUGACCCCAAGUACGCCCAGAAGUGAAAUGUGGGUUGCAGGCUCCAAGAUCACUGAGAGCCCACCACUGCGCCCAAGCCAGCCCAGCAUCAGUCCAACUCUUAGCCGAUCUGACAUCAUUGCCGAGGACCUUGAAGAAACCAAUGAGUCACUUGAGAACCUACAAGGGAGGACUUCCCCACAUAAGAUCUUGAGUUUGAAGGAGAGCUCCUCUGAGCAAACAUCCAGACCACUCUCCAUGGACACUAUUGCUGAGCCUGACUCUCCCAGCAGUCCCCUGCCAUCUGUUGGUUUUAGCACUGCAGCUAACACCCAGGGCUGUUUGAAUACUUCAACUCCUCAACCCACGAUGACUUCAAACUCCAGGAGACAAAAGAAACUGCAAGCAACUGUAAAAACAAAGCAGGAGGACCCAAGUCUUCUGGUUUCUGAAGAGAAGAGCACAACCGUAAAAGAACCUGAGGCACAGAAGCUGAAUAAAGACAGUGCAGGUUCUUCAAACCAGGAACAGAGCAACAGAACCGAGAUUUGGGAUAAGAAGACAACAGAGCAGGCUGCAAACAUAGAUGCUGCUGGGAGUCUGGGCUACCCCUUGUCAGCCCCAUUUGAAAGAAAAUAUGGGAGAAAAGGCUCAGAAACCAGUGAGAAUGGAUCCACAGGAAGAAACGUUAAGCUACCCAAUCGAAGGCUGGGCCUAGGUGAUAGAGCUGGCUCUCUACCUGCUAUUAUAGCUGCCAGCGAUCUCCCUCUCUGGCCCCAAUCCUUAGAGAAGCUGAGCGUGGAGCAACCCACAGUUUCACAAGCAGAAACUGCCACUCCUCAGGCAUUGCCCUCAGACCCAGAUGACACGGGAAUGAGAAAUGCUGGUACAGAUACUGAAGCCAGAAAAGCAUCAGCAUCACAACCCAUAUCGGAAGACAUGGCAGGGUCCCUGGUUAGUGGUCCACGACUGAACCAUGAAGAUGAGGCUUCUAGAACCAAGAAAACAGUAGGCAGGGUUUCUUAUUUACCAGUAGUGGAAAGCCUGUCUACCACCCAGGAAGAUGUUUUCUCAAGGGCAGUGGAGGCUCAGGUGUUUAUGGAUCCUUCUCAUUUCCAGACAGAAGAGCAAGACAAUUCCAACUUUGAUUCACAAAAUGCCCAAUUUGAAAUGGAGUCAGUUGAAGAUAUCCCAACUACCUGCAAAGAAAAGCCACCUGGAAAUGUUCUCCAGGCCUUUACAAGCGUUUCAGGUGCCGUCAGUGCCGCAGCUAAGGGAGGCAUUGCUGCUGCGAUGCUGCCUCUCAGAAGGCUUUCCCAGUGCUUGGAGAGCGUCAAAGCUGAAGUCUCAGACUCAGACACAGACUCAGACUCAGAGUCAGGCUCAGGCUCAGACUCAGACUUAGACUCAGAUAGUACUUCUGGGACUGAAGAUGAUUCUGACCAAUCACUCACUUCCGAAUGCUCUUUAGAGUCUUUGGAGAUGCCUGACAAUGAACAUGAAGUUUCCAUAGGAUCAGAAAGUUUAGCUGUGAAAGCAAGUAAUCCCAAGCAGCAGCUGGCUCCUAAACAUUCUUCCCAGUCCUCGGGUACCCACCAAGCUGACAGCAUCAUCAAUUCUGAGAGUGAUUCAGCGGGGAUUGAUUUUGACCAGCAGCUGGCCUUGGGGAAGCCCAAAGAUAACCAAGAAGCCGUCACAGAAUCAGAGAGCUUUGUGGCGCAGUCAAGCAGUUCUGAUAAGCAGGCUUUGGGGAAGUCUGAAAACAAAGCCCUCACAAAAUCAAAUAGUUGUGUUGAAAGGUACAACCGUUCUGGGGACUGGAGCAGCUCAGAGAGAGAUCUGCUUCUCAGUCCCCCUUCUCACACCUUGGGGAACCCCAAACACCAACAAGUAGUCUCCUCAGUUUUAAAGGACAUACCUGAGAAAUACAGUGUUCCCAUGAAGACACUUCCUCCCAGACACCCUUCUGAGCCCUUUGUGAGACAGAAUGCACAGCAACAUGUCUCCUCAGGUGCAGUGAGUGCGUCUACAAAAUGGAAUGUUCCAGUGCGGCCUCCCAAACAGCUUUUCCAGCCCUGGCUCAGACCCAAAGUUGAGAAGGAAGCCUCUGCAGAUCCAGAGAGAGUUGCUGGUGACUGGGGCAUUUGUAUAGAGCCACUGCCUCCCAGAAUCCUUUCCAAGCACCUGACGAGGCCUAAAAUGGGUCACGGAGUCUCCUCAGAUUCAAAAGGUCCAGAAGUUCCUAUACCUGAAAGGAUCACUUCUGUAGAGCUGCUGUCUCCAAAACAUUCUUCUCAGCCUCCAAUGAAGCCAAAAGCCGAGCAAAAGAUCUCUGCAGGUCCAGAGAGCACAGCUGUUGGGGGUAGCAUUUCUAUGGAGAUGCUGCUCCUGAGAGGUCCUUCCCAGCCCUUGGUGAGACCAGUAGUUGGACAAGUCCUGGAGGCAGACCAUGCUGUGGUUGAGGAGAGGAUUUCUAUGGAGCAGUCACUUCCCAGACAGCCUUCUCAGACCCUGAUGAAGUCUCUAGCCCAGCAACAAGUCUCUGUAGGUCCAGAGUGCUCUGCUGCUGGGGAGAACAUUUCUAUGGAGCCACUGCCUCCCAGACACCCUUUCCAACCAGGGGUGAACCCCAAAUUUGGGCAAAAAUCUUCAUUGCCAGAGAGCACAGCUAUUGAAGGGAGCAUGUCUAUGGAGCCUCUGCCUCUUAAAGUUCUGGCCCAGUCCUUGAUGAACCCAGUAGGACAAAAUGUGUUCUCAGGUUCAGAGGGUGUUGCUGCUGACAGGGUCAUUAUGGCAGAGUCCCUCCUCCCCCAGUAUUCUCCCCAGUCCUUGGAAACUCCUCAAGCCCAGCAUGUCUUCUCAGAGAAUACUGCCAUUGGUGGAAGAUCGUUUGUGGGGCUACCACCUCUCACAGGCCCUCUCCAGCCCUUGGUGAAGCCUACCUUCCCGCCACAUAUCAGGACCCCCAAUCCUGUGAGUGCUUCUGCAGAAUGGUGCAGUCCUGUGGAGCCAACACCUCCAAGACACAUUUUCCAACCAUGGGAGAGCCCUAAAUUUGACUCGCAGGGCUGUGCAGAGAGUGCUGCUAUGGAGUGGGGCAUUUCUGUGGAACCACUGCCUCCCAGAACGCCUUGUCAGCGCCUAAUGAGACCAGUAGCUGAGCAAGAAGUCUCCUCAGGUUCAAUGAGUGCUUCUUCAGAAUGGGGCACUACUGAGAAGCCAAUGCCUCCGAGGGGUACUUCCCAGCCCUGGAUGAGCCCCAAGUUUGAGCAACAAGUCUCUGCAGGUGCAGAGAGCACUGGAACUGAGAGGAGUGUUUCUGUGGAGCAACUGAGUUCUAGAAUGCCUUCUCAGUCUCUGAUGAAACCAGCAGUGAAACAACCAACCUCUUCAGGUCUGCAGAGUGUUACUGUUGAGAGGGCUGUGGCUGCAGAACCGCUGCCUCCCAAACAUUCCUGGUUCAGUAUGAGACAUAAAGUCUAUCAGGCAUCAUCCAGUUUUCAGAGUGCUGCCACUGAGGGCGUUUCUAGAGCCUCAGUGACCUCAAAGUAUCCCACCCAGAUCACCAUGAAGCCCAAAAUUCAGCAAAUAUCACAUCUGGAGAACAUUGCUGCUGGAGGCAUCUCUAAGCAAUUGCUGACGCCCAGGCCUCCUCCCCAGUCGUUUGUAAAGUUUAUGGCACAACAACUCUUUUCAGAGAGCCAUGCUAUUGAGGGGGGAAUUUAUGUGGAUCCAUUAGCUUCAAAUCAGCCUUCCAAAUCUGUGUGGAGGCCUAAAGUCGAGCCCCAAGUUUUCGCAGGUUGUGAGAGUGCUGCCAUGAAGGAAGGCAUUUCUCUGAAGCAACUUCCUACACAACAUCCUUCACAGUCCUUCAGGAAGCCUGAAGACCCAUGCCAAGUUUUCUCAUAUUCAGGGAGUGCCCCUGUGAAGCAGAGCAGUUCCGAAGAGCAGCUGCCUUCCAGACAACCUUUCCAAGCUGAGGAAGGGACUGAAUUACAGUCACGGAUUUUCUCAACAGGCUUGGCAAAAUCAUCUGUAGAAUGUAGCCCUUUACAGCCUUUUGCAACCCCCAGCUAUCAGAAACCAAUUCAUUCAAGUUCCAUGAGUGCAAUUCCUGAGGGAACCAUUUUAGAGAGCAAUUCUGGCAGCUCCACUCUACCAAAAGGUCCAGUAUCUCCAAACAAAGCCAAGAAACACAGCUCUGAAGACCUCACUAAGGACAUGCCAAUUCCUGUCACCAGGCUUGAGAAAUUCACCAGUGCCCCUGACUUGCAGUCAUUUAUUUCAGGGGGUACUUACUCUAAGGAGGAAUUUCUUGAGAGUGAGGAUCCAAGUAAUAACCAUCCAAAGUUACCCCCCCUUGGGACUGAUGUUGAAAACCUAUUUGGAGUCCGACUGAAAAAAGCUCCUUCCUUGCAGAAAUACAAGAGUGAGAAACAAGGUGACUUUACCAAAUUUUCUUCAGUCUCCUUGGACCCAAUUUUAUCAUCCAUAGGUAGAGAACAACAAAUCAGAAGAAGCGCCUCCCAGGGGCACCUGGGCAUUACAGAGAACCUCACCACAACACCCGAAUUUGUGGAGAAGCAACAGAGAAGGCCCAUUUCUGAAAUAAUGACCCACAAACAAUCUGUUUACAAGAUCCCAGGAAGGUCUGACAGAACGUCAGAUUAUGCCUCCUCAGAGCCAAGUUGGAUAGCCAUGGUGAAGCAGAAGAGUUUCCUGGCUCACAUUCCUAUGAGUGAGUCAAAACUCAAAAGCAGAUCUGGAGCCAGUGCUGAGACUAAGGAACACAGAUGUGAGGGAGCUGGCCUUGCAUAUACCCAAUCAAAAAUGAUUUUCACUUCCAAUAUGAAUCAACAGGAGAAGAUGGCCUUGAUGAAGCCACCUGUGUCUACCAAAGCAGAUGAAAACACACCUGUGCCUGCCAAAGCAGGCAAAAACACACCUGUGCCUACCAAAGCAGGUGAACACACACCUGUGCCUACCAAAGCAGGUGAAAACACACAUGUGUCUACCAAAGCAGUUCCAGCAGGAUGUGAAGAUGAGAUGGCAUUUCAGGGGCCUGCUGUGGGUAAAGGAACUGGGCAGUCUUCAACUUUUCCAGCCCUGCCCCAAAAGCAAGUUGAGCCAGUCUGGUUCUCCAUGGCCAAGAAGAAAUCCAAAGCAUGGAGCCAAAGAGCAGAAACCAUGCAGUAAACAGUUCCUGUGGGGGGAGGGGAGCAUGAGCAUUUCAAAUGGUAAUUGCCAACAGGUGUAUUAAUGCCAUGUAGUGACUUAUUUACUGUAACUGCUUUUUAUUAAGCAAGAGCAUUAGAAAUGAGAGUUAAAGUUAAUUAUUUGAAUGAAGCAAAUGCCACAAAUGCCUAACCUUCAGAUGUAUAGUCACUGCCAGCAUCUGAAAACCCAGCAUUUCCUCUAUAUAAACUAUGUAAAAUGUUAGCACCACUGUAGAAUUAGGAAGUCACUUUAGACAAUGUGCUUCAAGAAGGGAGAAAACAAACACACUUCGUUGGAGCAGCCCAGAGGUGGUCAUUUCCUUUGAUCAAAGAAAAAUUUUAGAGGUAACGUCCAGAUGAUUUGGCCCAAGGAUUGGCUUUCAGGUUUUAUGGGCCUAGUUAAAUGCUUCAGUUCUUUGGUUGCUGCUCCAAGCUUUGCAAAGCCGCCCAGGAGAGGUGGUAGAAGUGAAAAUUCUGGAAUCUCCAAGAAAAUUUUACGUAGUCAGUGGCUCCCCAGUCAUCCUACUGCCCCUCUGAAACAGCUUCCUUGUACCCUGGAGGCCCCCACUACCUGCAGCUUGUAGAGCGGCUCUCUCUGCGCAUGCGCAUGCGCAUCUCAUCCUGUCACUGGUCUGACGGAAGUGCGCCCCUCCCUACCCAACAGAAUGUUUCUGGGGGAUUACUCUUCUCCUCUGGAUGGUUAGCCUAUCACUAUUUGACCUCCUACACCAAUGCCACUGUGACCGUCUUUACUUCUGCAGAAACGCUUUGGAUCUCAUAGCAUACCCUUUUUGAAAAAGUACUUUAAGACCCUGUGGAAAUUCAAAAUUCUAAAGAUGCCAAAAGCUGUAUUUUCAUCAUGGUGACUGAAAACUCACCGCCAUGAUGGAAGUCUGGGGCCACUGGAGAGCUCUCUUACCCCUUGGCUGCACCCUUAAGGUGGAGACCCCCAUGUAGCCAAGCUUCUAGUUCUUGCCUCUCAGCAGCCUCUCCUUCACGAGGUUUCAGCCCAAAGUGAGUCUGCAGGCCUGAAGCCAUAGAAUGAACUUUCUGCUCACAGAAAGCCUUAAGUGAUACAUCAGCCCCUCUCUGCCCUCAUUCCUAGUGGCUCUGACCUCAGGAGUUACGAGACUGGACCGUUCCUCCUCCCCAGUGAUCCACUCACUCUCCCCGCAGCGGGGGGGAAAAGAGGGAGGGCCAAAAGGGGGGAGCAAGAGAGGAGUCGGGAUGAGAGGCAGGGGCUGCUGUGAGGGGCGGGGCACGCAGCCCGGCAGUCCCACCGCUCCCUUCCCCUCCCACCACAGGCUUUUCCUUUAGCGGCUUCCCCUUCCUUCAGAACGGCCAGGAGUGAGGAUGCAGGCACCUUUCUGCCAGAGCCGGUGGCUCUUCGGCUGGUCUCCGAGGCACGCGCCGCCCUAAGAUUUUCCUCCAGCUUCUCCAGAAGUUAGUAAAUCUUCUUCUCCACGUCCUCCCCUUUAGUCCAUGCUCAAUCGACCAAACACUACGUGAGAACUUUCGGAUGCCUAGACAGCACCUAGCUUAUUUUCUUAGUAGACUCAGAAGUGUCUUCUUAGAAUACUUUUCACUGUUUGUCGGUCACCUCGGGGCUACUUUGCUUCAAGAGAAAACAGGCCUGGACACCUAACUGUGCCUUUAAAUUCUGAGUGGGCUGCUGCGUCGUGCAAAAGAAGAAAAAUCUAGAGAAGCAGUGGGGUGCCAGAGCUAAUUCAAACCCUUGGCGCUUAGUUUUGCUGCUGAUGGUAUCAUGGAACAUUGGCUAAUAAUAUGCUGGAUUUUGCAUUUUCUCUGUAAGACAUCUGUUUUUCCUGCUACUGCAUCUUUGCCUUUUUUGAUAAUGCUGGCUUUUUGAUUGGCUGGAUUAGAUUUGUAACCCCCUAGUGAACAGUACAUUAAGGUCGAGGCCCUUCUCCCAGGUAAUCAUGCUACCUUAGUUGUUACAAUUCUCCCCCUAUUUUCAGGUUCGCCACUCUUAGGUUGUGCUGAGAACUCCCCAUUAACAGUUUCUUUUCCCAGUUAACCUCUUUAUUUAGAAAGUUUUCUUAUUAAGUACUUUUAAUGCUUGGAGGAACAUUCCGACAAGUUCUCUGCUGCUUCUAGCGUUCUUGAUUUUUGUAAUAUGCAAAGCAAAUAAAUCCAAUAAAGCCUGUUCUGUAGUCCAUCUCGGUCUGUCACAUGGGGGGAAUCAAUAGGGUGUUGAUAACUCAGACCCGAGGGUUUUCAGAGAAGCAAAGUGAUCUUAGGAGGUUGUGGGAGGCAGAAAGGGCCUCCACACAGGGGUGUCUGACCAAGCCAUGGCACCAGGUGGGUGUUUGUAUGG